AUGCCGUUGCCAAGUCAAGUGCCAAGAAAAGGGGGAAAUUCCAAAGGACUGGUGGAAACUUUCGUAAGAGUUAACGCCAAUUCUCCGCGGAAGGAAGAUGGCGAGCCACAACACGUCGCACAUCGUGAUUCAUGA